AGUUCAGAUCUUCCAUGGCGGUCUUGUGGCAAGAAAGAAAUGCGGAAAAGCGCAGGCCCCCACAAGGAAGCGACGGGAUCUCACUCUUGACGCCGUACGCCAAGCAGUGCGUUUCUCGCCGUUAGAUCACAUCUGCCCCCACGUUAUUAACGCGCCCGGCCCGCCUCGAUCCGACGGCCCCGGCUCCACCCACGAAAACCGCAUAAAACGGUCUUCUUCUCCGACCAAUCGCUCGCACCUAAUAAGUUUUUUUUUUCUUUUUAAUCAAUUGAUACUGGUUCGUUUAUAUGGGAUUUCGGAGUCGGAGACGGAGGUUACUGCACUAGAGCUUCUCUGGGCGAGUUAACUCGGUUGGUGCACUCGGUUCGGAGUCCAGGUUGAUGGUUCAACUCAUAGCGCUUCUGAUGAGUCCAGAGCUCUAGGAAGUAGGAGUUUAAUUGGUGACUGGAUGGAGGUUGCAAAGCGAUGGUUGAGUAAGUUCAGGCUUAAAGACAAGCUAAAACACUCCAAGAAGAAGAAGGAAUCCACAACUAAUGGGAAGGAAAGCUCGGAAACCACUGCCUGCGAAGACGCACCGCCAUCAACUGCCACUAAACAAAAGGUUGCUGCUGCAAAGCAGUACAUAGAAAAGCAUUACAAGGAGCAAAUGAAGAACCUUCAUGAGCGUAGGGAAAGGCGUAACAUGCUGGAAAAGAAAUUGGCUGAUGCUGAGGUUUCUGAGGAGGAACAAAACAAUAUCCUGAAGUACCUUGAAAAGAAGGAGACAGAAUUCAUGCGCCUUCAAAGGCAUAAAAUGGGUGCUGAUGAUUUUGAGCCGUUGACAAUGAUAGGAAAGGGUGCAUUUGGUGAGGUUAGAAUAUGCAGGGAGAAAACAACUGGCAGCAUCUAUGCCAUGAAAAAACUCAAGAAGUCUGAAAUGCUUCGUAGAGGCCAGGUUGAGCAUGUCAAGGCAGAAAGGAAUCUUCUUGCAGAGGUUGACAGUAAUUGCAUUGUCAAGCUGUACUGCUCUUUCCAAGAUGAGGAGUACCUAUAUUUAAUUAUGGAAUAUCUUCCUGGAGGUGAUAUGAUGACUUUGUUGAUGCGUAAGGAUAUAUUAACUGAAGAUGAGGCAAGAUUUUAUGUUGGGGAAACAGUCCUUGCUAUCGAGUCUAUCCAUAAGCACAACUAUAUUCACAGAGAUAUAAAGCCUGAUAACUUGCUUCUUGAUCGAAAUGGCCAUAUGAAGCUGUCUGAUUUUGGAUUAUGUAAACCAUUAGACUGCAGUAAUCUUCAUGAAAAAGAUUUUACAGUGGGACAAAACUGUAGUGAUGCUCUUAAAAGUGAUGGGCGUUCUGGGCCUCCAAAGCGCAGUCAGCAAGAGCAACUGCAGCAUUGGCAGAGGAACAGGAGAAUGCUUGCAUAUUCCACCGUGGGAACACCAGAUUAUAUUGCGCCGGAGGUUUUAUUAAAGAAGGGAUAUGGAAUGGAAUGUGACUGGUAUGUAUCUUGAAUAUGUUCUCUUUACUUUAUGUUUUUUUUCUAUGUAUGAGU